GCCUCGGGGGCGCUCAAGAAGGCCCCUGUGCUGUCGUGGAGCUCCCAUUGCAUUCGGGGGUACGUGAAGCGGCAUGGGGGGGCUAUGCUCCUGCCAACAGCGGAAUUUCUGGCAGAGCUGGCUUGCGUUCGCGCAGCCGGCAACAAAUGCUGAUCUGCCUGCCAGGGUCACCCUUCAUCGGAAGCGUGCAUAUGCGGGAUCCAUGCCAUGGCUGUGCGUUUCUGUCCGACAGGACGGCAUCUUUCGCCACGGAUCUCACGAAAGCAGGCGAGAGGUUUGGGUGGUGGGAGGAGCUGGCGUUUCUGUCCGACAGGACGGCAUCUGUCGCCACAGAUCUCACGAAAGCAGGCGAGAGGUUCCGGUGGUGGGAGGAGCUGGUGUUUCUGUCCGACAGGACGGCAUCUGUCGCCACGGAUCUCACGAAAGCAGGCGAGAGGUUCCGGUGGUGGGAGGAGCUGGCGUUUCUGUCCGACAGGACGGCAUCUGUCGCCACGGAUCUCACGAAAGCAGGCGAGAGCUUCCGGUGGUGGGAGGAGCUGGCUUUUCUGUCCGACAGGACGGCAUCUGUCGCCACAGAUCUCACGAAAGCAGUCGAGAGGUUCCGGUGGUGGAAGGAGCUGGCGUCCGCGCAGCCGACAACAAAGGCUUCAGUUCCGAGAUCUGCCCGUAGGGCAUGUGCACGGCUGUGCUUCUCAUAAG